AUGGGGACCUUGAUUACAACUUUAUAUCCUCCGCCAUCCACAGCUUCCCAGAUCGGAAACCCCGUUGAUCCAGCUACUCAUGUCUCGAUCGUUGCAGCUACCUCUACUAUAGCGCGUGUAGUGGCGGGAAUUCUUUCCGACUACCUUGCCCCCCCUGUCCCCACACCCGAUGCCGCCUGCCCUCCUCCUCGGAAAUUCCCACGAUGCUCGAGGAUGUAUCUGCUAUUCUCGUUCGCAUUCCUUAUGUUGCUUGGUAACCUCUACGUCUCUCUCGGCUAUGUCCAGGAGCAUGGAGAGAACUUUUGGAUUGUAUCUUCGUCCAUCGGCGCAGGCUAUGGUGCAGUAUUCUGCCUUGCCCCUACGGUCGUCAGUGUAGUUUGGGGAACCGAAAACUUUGGCACAAACUGGGGAAUCGUUACGAUGACUCCUGCCGUUGGUGCAACAGUAUUUGGCUCGGUAUUUGCAUGGGGAUACGAUCAUUAUGCCAAUAAUCACGGCAUAUGCUGGGGCAAAGAGUGUUAUAGUGGUUCAUUUAUGGUCAUGGCAGUGAGUGUGGCUUGUGCAUUGGUGGGAUGGACUGUCGCAUGGCAAGCCCCCGGUGGAUGGAAAGCUAGGGGAAUUGUUGUCUAAAAUGGACGAAUAGUCAACGGUUCUACUGUAAUAUUACUAUUCCUUGGAACCAACUAGAAGUCAUGGAAUAAAGGUUGAGGGCGUGGGAGGUUGCAUUACAUCAUGUCUUUGUUUUGCGCCGUUUUCUUAAAUUUUCACUCUGCUUUACUCUUCACGUCAUAUCACGGGAUUUGGGGCUUUCUUUCUAUCGGCGUUUUCCAUCGUCUUUUAAUUUUUCACAGGAUGGAUGAUACACAUACAUUGCGGCAAGAAACAGGAGAGUGUGUCUUAUAGAUGAGAAGAGGGGAGAGAUAAGGUGUUCCUAGCUUAAAUACUUUCAACUUUAGAA